AUGACCCUGAGCACGGAGAUGUCCGAUGCCUCCGGCCUCGCCGAGGAGACAGACAUCGACGUGGUGGGGGAGGGCGAGGACGAGGACGACGAGGAAGAGGAGGACGACGACGAGGGCGGCGGCGGCGGCGGGCACCGCCUGGCUGUCCCCGCGCGGCGGCGGCGGCGGCGCUCGUACGCCGGGGAAGACGAGCUGGAGGACCUGGAGGAGGAGGACGACGACGAUGACAUCCUGCUGGCUCCGCGGACCGGGGGCUCCCCGGCGCCCCCGGGUCCAGCCCCGGGGGCGGGGGCCGGCGCGGGCGGCGGCAGCGGCGCGGGCACGGGCGGCGGCGGCGUGGGCGCGGGCGCGGGCGGCGGCGCCAAGAACCCGCUGGUGAAGCCGCCCUACUCGUACAUCGCGCUCAUCACCAUGGCCAUCCUGCAGAGCCCCAAGAAGCGGCUGACGCUGAGCGAGAUCUGCGAGUUCAUCAGCGGCCGCUUCCCGUACUACCGGGAGAAGUUCCCCGCCUGGCAGAACAGCAUCCGCCACAACCUCUCUCUCAACGACUGCUUCGUCAAGAUCCCCCGCGAGCCCGGCAACCCCGGCAAAGGCAACUACUGGACGCUCGACCCCGAGUCCGCCGACAUGUUCGACAACGGCAGCUUCCUGCGCCGGAGGAAGCGCUUCAAGCGGCAGCCGCUGCUCCCGCCCAACGCCGCCGCCGCCGAGUCGCUGCUGCUGCGCGGCGCGGGGGCCGCGGGGGGCGCAGGGGACCCGGCCGCCGCCGCCGCCGCCGCCGCGCUCUUCCCGCCCGCGCCCCCGCCGCCCCCGCACGCCUACGGCUACGGCCCCUACGGCUGCGGCUACGGCCUGCAGCUGCCGCCCUACGCGCCGCCCUCGGCCCUCUUCGCCGCCGCGGCCGCCGCCGCCGCCGCCUUCCACCCGCACUCGCCUCCACCGCCCCCGCCGCCGCCGCCGCCGCCGCCGCCCCACGGCGCGGCCGCCGAGCUGGCCCGGACCGCCUUCGGCUACCGGCCGCACCCGCUCGGCGCCGCCCUGCCCGGCCCCCUGCAGGCCUCGGCGGCCAAGGCGGGCGGCCCGGGCGCCUCGGCGCUGGCGCGCUCGCCCUUCUCCAUCGAGAGCAUCAUCGGGGGCAGUCUGGGCCCGGCCGCCGCCGCCGCCGCCGCCGCGCAGGCCGCCGCGGCCGUGCAGGCCUCGCCCGCCCCAUCUCCCGGGACGCCCUCCGCGCCCGGGGCCGGCGGCGGCGGCGGCGGCUGCGCGGCUCAGGCGGCCGUGGGCCCGGCCGCCGCACUCACCCGCUCGCUCGUGGCCGCCGCCGCCGCCGCCGCCUCCUCCGUCUCCUCCUCGGCCGCCCUGGGGACUCUGCACCAAGGGACUGCCCUGUCCAGUGUGGAGAACUUUACUGCUAGGAUCUCAAAUUGUUAAUAACGCUUUUGUUAGCGCGCUUGAGAAAGAGAAGGUAGGAAUCAUGGCUCCUAUUUUCAUCUGGGUGGUUUUGUAUUUUGUUCCCUCCUCCCGGCGCGGCCCCUCCCGACCUCGCGCCCCCAUUUCGCCGCUUGGGAUUCUCAGACGAAACUGUUUGGCAACUUCUCGGGCGCGCUUUUCGGCUCCGCAGGUCCCCUUAUUUAUGCAAAGUCGCCCUAUGCUGCAGCCCCUCGACCUGGGGUGGGGAGGAAGAGGGUGCUGGUGGAGAUCCGCCCUGUCUAGGGACAAGGGGCUUCCUUGACUUUGGGAACAUUUUUUAAAAAUCUAAGCCUUUUUGAGGUCUAGAGAGUCUCAGGUCCAGGCGUUAAAAGAAAAAAAGAGAGAUCAAUAAUGUUCUACAGAAGAGUAAUGCAAAAAUAGUAAAGGUCCCGAAGAAUGCCAGAGAAGCAAUAGUUUUUAUUUGAGGACAUUUGUCUCGUGUACUUUUUCAUGAAAAGGAAAAAAUGAUUAACAUGUUUACACAAGGAAAAAAGUCAAAAUUAUCAUUUCUUAUUUUAACCUGUGUUUUGUAUCAUAAUAGACAUGCGGAAUUUUUAUUUUGUACUUACUGCGUAUUCUUUACAAGGAGUAUUGUAAAUUUUAACUGGCAA